AUGCCAGAUACUAAUGCAACCACCGCCACUGUCCCAGUCACGACAGCUGACACAAGUCUCAUAUGUAUCGCACAUUGUCCAUUUCAAAAAGGCAAAGCAUUUGGAUUAUCAAAUGUCAAGCAAUGUCGAGUGUCAAAGAAGCAAUGUAGUAUCUAUGGUCAUUUGCAAACAUGGCACAGAUUUCAAACGCCAGCGUGUCGAAUAAUCAUCGAUGCUAUCAAGAAACAAUUGCCAACAUCAACGAAUUUACAUAUCGAUGAAGCCACGGUAUAUUUUCUCGGCGAAGCGCCAAGCGCUCGUCUUACCGGUGCUUGUUUGUCAUCACCGCCUGUUAUGCCUGAUCUGCACAAUCUAUCAAACGACAAUGAAGAUCAGUCAGCUGGUGAAGACGAAAAUGUUUCACCGUCCGUACCUUCAGCGGCAACUGUCACAAAGAAGAAAACGGCCGUCUCAACUCGUAACGAUGUACCUGUCAUGGCUUCAAAUUCUCCAUCGCCCGUCUCGUCGCCUCCUCGUAUCGCUGCACGGAAAUCAAUGAAAAAGCCGUCUAAAGUUAUUACCAGAAAAAGAGUCGAAGACGAUGAUGAGAAUACAUCGGAGGAAGAAGAUGGCUAUGUGGCAAUGGCUUUACCGGUAACUGUUUGUUUUCGUUAA